AGACCUUCCACCGAGACGCAUAUGAGUAUUUUUGAUUCUUGAUGCUUUUCUUUUGCCGCUGUCAGUGUUACAGCUAUAUACCAAUCUAGCAAGUCGUAUAUUUCAGCCUCAGUCAUUCCAUUGUAUACCACGAAUGCUACAAGACAUUUUUACCUCUCAUGCUUUCACUCCUGGCAACAACACUUAUCAACAUAAACACCAAUCCCUAUCUUUAUUGUGAAUAGCAUGUUCAAUUUCCACCUAAGCUACAAAUGGCUAUACUUUUCCAAGCCCAGCGGCCCUCCGCAUCCUGUCCCUGAGGGCCUUCAGCGUGCCUGGAUUGAGACAUCAACAGGGCGACUUGAGGUAAUAUACGCAGAGCCUGAACGGUGUGCUAGCAAACCACCCGUGUUCUUCUGCCAUGGUGGCAUGGGCGGUGCCUGGGUCUGGACAGAAUAUAUGCAAUAUUUGGCCGCUCGUGGUGUUGCAUGCUACGCGAUCUCAUUGCGCGGACACGGAGACUCGUGGUAUCCAUCCUAUUUCCGCAUGGUAUACCUUACAACGCGCCGAAUGCUCACGAAUGAUCUUGUCGCUGGUAUAAAAUGGGCUGAGGCGCGAGCCAAAUCCGAAGUCGUCCUAGUCGGCCACAGUUCUGGAGGCGGCCUUAGCCAGGACAUCUUAUCCAAGCAAGAAGUCCAUGUUAAGGGCCUAGCAUUGCUAGGAGCAGUACCCUCCCAGGGAUCGCUUGGGGUGUACAUCAAUUGGGCCAAGUUGGAUCCUUGGUUCACUGUCCGAAUGCUCUUCCAUGGAUGGCAUUCGAAUUCGCCACUCUCUCACCCUGUUUUAACCCAACGUGCCUUUUUCGGAAGCAAAUUUCCUCUAGCCUCCGUCGUCCCGUUCCAGGAGCGCAUAAGCCGAUACGAGAGCUUCCUUUGGCCAAUUAGCAUGAUGUGGCCAUUCGCAACACCAUCCACGGUUUUACAGCAAAUUCAAGAUUCCAAGCAAGGAACAGCCAGGCUUUUGGUUAUGGCUGGCUCUGAGGAUAAACUUAUGAAUACACGAGAAACCGAAGACCUCACAGCUCUGUAUCGUUCCGUCGAGACAGUCAACUCAAGUCAAGUCCAAAUGGAGUUCGUCGAAGGUGCCGGACAUCAUCUCCAAAAUGAUAUUCAGUGGGAAGAUGGUGCAGUCAAGCUAUUUCAAUUCUAUCAAAAGCUAUUGACGGCCUGAGGAAUCACGAGUUCUAUUUAGAACAAGGCCAAUGCAGCUCGAGCGUUAACCUUUGUAUUAAUUAAAUCUCAACAACGUAUUUUAUGGCGAAAUAUAGGCGUAUGCAAGAUUACUACUGUAUUUAUAGCGCUAUAUUAAUUUCUAAAUAUUGUAUUAGUUUUUUUUUU